AUGGAUGUCACUGGUGCGAGGCAGCUGCGGGUGCUGCGGGCUCUGGAGGAUGUGACUGUCAGUGAGGGGGGCAGUGCCACCUUCCAGCUGGAGCUGUCUCAGGAAGGUGUGACCGGGGAGUGGGCCCGGGGUGGAGUCCGGCUGCAGCCGGGGCCCAAGUGCCACAUUCAUGCAGACAGCCACACUCACCGUCUGGAACUUAGUGGCUUGGGCUUGGCCGACUCAGGCUGCAUCUCCUUCACGGCGGACUCCCUGCGCUGUGCAGCCAGACUCACUGUGACAGGUGCGGCCUCCGGGACCACGGCCUGCCUGCUGACCCGUGUGGCCCUGCUCACAUUCCCGGAGGUCCCAGUGACCAUUGUGCAGGGACCACAGGACCUUGAGGUGACUGAGGGCGACACAGCUACGUUCGAAUGCGAGCUUUCCCAGACCUUGGCUGAUGUUACCUGGGAGAAGGCGCAUUCCGAACCCGGCUCAGAGGCGGCUCUGGCCUCGCUAGCGCCCCCUUCACCCCCAGGGAAGAAGCACAUUCUGGUGCUGAGCGAGCUGCGCCCGGAGGACGCCGGUGAAGUCCGCUUCCAGGCGGGACCCGCCCAGUCCUUGGCUCUUCUGGAGGUGGAGGCAUCGCCUCUCCAGAUGUGCCGCCGCCCCCCUCGCGAGAAGACAGUUUUGGUGGGCCGCCGGGCGGUGCUGGAGGUGACUGUGUCCCGCUCAGGGGGCCACGUGUGCUGGUUGCGAGAGGGGGUCGAGCUGUGCCCGGGAGACAAGUAUGAGAUGCGCAGCCACGGCCCCACCCACAGUCUGGUCAUCCAUGACGUGCGACACGAGGACCAGGGCACCUACUGCUGCCAGGCCGGCCGGGACAGCGCCCACACACGGCUGCUGGUAGAAGCCACACGUGGAGUCAUUCCUCUGCAGGUAACUAGAAGGACCGAACCUGGCCAGGCGGGUGCCCUUGGACAGCUUGGAAGGCGUGUGCCCUUACCCUGGGCAGGCGAGAGGAGACAGGGAAGCCAGAGGAGUUGGGAAACAAUAAAAGUGUAACAGACUGUU